GGCCCGCCUCCCGGCACCAAAGGCAGAGGAGGGACCGCCCGCCAGCACCUCAGACAGCCCCUGGCCGGUCCUCCAGCCUGCCACCGAGAGGAGAGAAAGAGCGUCCCCCCCCCGGAAACCACCGACACUGCCGGCUAGAGCGGUCCGUGUUCUGACCCUUUUCCGCGUCCGCCGGGCUGGCGCUCUACUUUCCGGACGGGGUGGUGGGCUGCCCCUGAGCUUAGGCUGCUGGUCUCCGGAGGAUAACGUUUGGAGCUUCUAAGUUAGCACUGACCCUGAGGUUAGUGAAAAAAAAAACGCCACCGGAAUGUGGAGGCCCUGAGUCAGGGCCGAGAAACGAAGUCCGGAACAGGAACUUGCAUGAAGGGAAAGGAGCCAAGGCGCCUUGGAAAUGCUUUUCAAGGAUGGCAACUGAUCUAGGGAUGUUUCUCCAAAGACGGGUGGAUAAAUGAAAUAGUCUCCCCUGCGACAACUUGGCAAGAAGGACAAAGACUUAGGUACUAAAGCGUUGGAGAAAUAGAUGAAUAAUGGCAGGUACAGCUUGUGAUAGGGAGUUCUGAGGCUCUCGGGCACAAUGACUCAAGCAGAAAUUAAACUGUGCUCUUUAUUGCUGCAAGAGCAUUUUGGUGAGAUUGUAGAAAAAAUUGGCGUCCACCUAAUCAGAACCGGCAGCCAGCCUCUUAGGGUGAUUGCCCAUGACACAGGAACAUCACUGGACCAGGUGAAGAAGGCCCUUUGUGUCCUCAUCCACCAUAACCUGGUGAUCUAUCAUGUGCAUAAACGCAGUGUGGUGGAGUAUGAAGCCCAGUGCAGCCGAGUUUUGCGGAUGCUUAGGUAUCCCCGGUACAUCUAUACUACCAAAACGCUGUACAGUGACAGUGGAGAGCUGAUUGUGGAGGAGCUUCUGUUGAAUGGCAAGAUGACAAUGUCAGCUGUCGUGAAGAAAGUAGCAGACCGACUCACAGAGACCAUGGAGGAUGGCAAGACCAUGGACUAUGCCGAGGUCUCAAAUGCAUUUGUGCGGCUGGCAGAUACUCACUUUGUACAGCGCUGUCCCCUGGUUCCUGCCACUGACAGUUCUGACCCUGGGCCACCACCACCUGCCCCGACCCUUGUCAUUAAUGAAAAGGACAUGUACCUAGUUCCUAAACUGAGCUUGAUAGGAAAAGGUAAGAGGAGGAGAUCAUCUGACGAGGAUGCUGCUGGAGAGCCCAAGGCCAAGAAACCAAAAUACACAGAUCACAAAGAGCCCAUUCCAGAUGACGGGAUUUAUUGGCAAGUCAACCUUGACAGGUUCCACCAGCACUUCCGGGACCAAGCAAUUGUGAGCGCAGUUGCAAACCGAAUGGACCAGACAAGCAGCGAGAUUGUGCGCACAAUGCUCCGGAUGAGUGAGAUCACCACUCCCUCGAGUGCCCCGUUUACCCAGCCACUGUCCUCCAAUGAGAUCUUCAGGUCCCUGCCUGUUGGCUAUAACAUCUCUAAGCAAGUCCUCGAUCAGUACCUCACGCUGCUGGCAGAUGACCCGCUAGAGUUUAUUGGAAAGUCUGGCGACAGCGGAGGAGGGAUGUUUGUCAUCAACCUCCAUAAGGCAUUAGCAUCCCUAGCCACUGCAACUCUGGAGUCUGUCAUCCAGGAGAGAUUCGGGUCUCGCUGUGCCAGAAUAUUCCGUCUGGUAUUGCAGAAGAAACAUCUGGAGCAGAAGCAGGUGGAGGACUUUGCAAUGAUUCCUGCAAAGGAGGCAAAGGAUAUGCUGUACAAGAUGCUCUCAGAAAACUUCAUAUCACUCCAGGAAAUUCCUAAAACCCCAGACCACGCCCCGUCCAGGACCUUCUAUCUGUACACCGUGAAUGUGCUGUCGGCUGCCAGGAUGUUGCUGCACAGGUGCUACAAGAGCAUAGCCAACUUGAUAGAAAGGCGGCAGUUUGAAACGAAAGAGAACAAGCGGCUACUAGAAAAGUCUCAGAGGGUAGAGGCCAUCAUCGCGUCCAUGCAGGCCACGGGUGCAGAGGAGGUGCAGCUGCAGGAGAUAGAGGAGAUGAUCACAGCCCCUGAACGGCAGCAGCUGGAGACGCUGAAACGCAACGUUAACAAGUUGGAUGCCAGUGAGAUCCAGGUCGAUGAAACCAUCUUCUUGCUGGAGUCGUACAUCGAGAGCACCAUGAAGAGACUGUGACCCUGAAGAAGCAGUGCUGGAAUCAAACUCAGGGCUUUCACAUGCCAGUCAGCUGCUGUACCAUUGAGCGCCAUCCCCAGCCAGAAACCAGCAUCCUUCUCAAAAGAUCUAGGAGACAGAAAAAAGAGGAGAAGAAGGUGCUUGGAUGAAUUCUUUGCAAUGAGAUAAGUUGCAGAUUCUUUUUAGGUUCUUCAAGACAGUUUCUCUGUGUAGCCCUGGCUGUCCUGGAACUCACUCUGUAGCCCAGGCUGACCUCGAACUCAUGGCGAUCCACCUGCCUCUCCCUCCAAGUGCUGGGAUUGAAGAUGUGUGCUACACCACCCAGCUAAGUUUCAGAUUCUUGUUCUGAGCCUCUGCUCCUGUCUUCCCUACUGCUCAUGAUAACCAUGAGUUUGGCAUAUUUUGUAAAAUUUGUUAAUAGACUCAUGCCCAUACUCUCCUCUCGUCACAGGGGGAAGAACCUGAAAUAAAUAAGAUUAAUCAUAAA